GGGACUCACAGGUCAGGGGUGGUGGCUGAGGUUGCAGAGGAGAUGAAGUUGAAGCAGCGUGUGGUUGUACUGGUUGCCGUGCUACUCCUGUUGGGGCUUGCCAAACUUCUUCUGCUGAACGGAGGAGAGGAGUCCGCAGCCAGCCGACGAGACCUCAGAGCCUUCCGCAAGAUGGAGGCAGGCCUGUCUCUCUCCCGCGGUGCCCGUUUAACACACACUCUCCAGUCUCCAUGGGAGGUGGCAGGCCAGUGGGUGGGCCCAAGGGAGGUGUACCCUGAGGAGACCCCUGAGCUGGCAGCCGUCCUCACCGCGCUGGGCACUGCAAGCGUGGAGCGAGCAGACGUGGGCUACAAGGGCACCCAGCUCAAAGCUCUACUAGUACUGGACGGGGGGCAGAAAGUGGUCUUUAAACCCAAGAGGUAUAGUAGAGACUAUAUGGUAGAAGGAGAGCCAUAUGCAGGUUAUGACAGACACAAUGCAGAGGUGGCAGCUUUUCACCUGGACAGGAUCCUGGGCUUCAGGAGAGCACCCCUAGUGGUAGGGAGGUUUUUCAACCUGAGGACUGAGCUCAAACCUGUCGCCACGGACCAGCUACUCAGUACCUUUCUAAUGCAGGGUAAUAAUAGUUGUUUCUAUGGGAAGUGUUACUACUGUAGAGAGAGUGAGCCGGCAUGUGCGGAGGGAGAGAACAUGGAGGGAUCUUUAACUCUCUGGCUGCCAGAUGUCUGGCCGCUCCAGAAACAUAGACACCCCUGGGGACGCACUUACAGGGAGGGCAAACUGGCCAGGUGGGAGUAUGAUGAGAGCUACUGUGAUGCGGUAAAGAAGAUGCCUCCGUACGACGCUGGUCCCAGACUGCUGGACGUCAUCGACACGGCCAUCUUUGAUUACCUCAUCGGCAACGCAGACCGACAUCAUUAUGAGAGUUUCCAAGACGAUGGAGGAGCCAGCAUGCUCAUUCUGCUGGAUAAUGCAAAGAGUUUUGGGAAUGCAGCUCUGGAUGAAAGAAGCAUUUUGGCCUCUCUGUAUCAAUGUUGCAUGGUGCGUAUGUCUACGUGGAACAGGUUGAACCUGCUGAGGGCAGGGGCUCUGAGUUCAGCCAUGAGGCAGGCCCUGACCUUUGACCCCAUCAACCCCGUCCUGGCCGAGCCCCACCUGGCCGCCCUGGACAGACGGCUGUCUGGUAUCAUAGCAACCAUCCGGCAGUGUGUGGAGUCACAGGGCCCUGACAACACACUGAUAGAGGACCGCAUGAACCUGCCACACUCCUAAAGGAGGACAGGAGAGAGGGAUGGAGGAGAGGAGAGACCUGUCCCAUCCCGAGACGAGGACAGGAGAAAGAGGGAUGGAGGAAAGGGGUAGAGACCUGUCCAAUCCCUUGUGGAGGACAAGAGAGAGGGAUAGAUAGAUGGAGGAGAGACGAGGGAAAGGAGAAGCUGUCUCACCCAGAGAUCGAGAGAGAGGGUUGAGCCAUGGUAGGAGGAGCUGGAUGAUAAACCCCCUCCCACACUCCCCCUCCUCCUCUCAGGGCCUCCCAGAAUGGGACAGGAAAUGACUCCAGCAGCAGGAAGUGGUUUCCUCUACAAACUGUUUCCCUCCACACUAGAACACUUGAACCUAAUGGGAUCUAUAUCUGAGGAACUGUAUCCCCAAUGUCUCUCCUCUGCCUUCCGCACACACACACACACACCUCGUGCCAAACCCUCCCUCUCUUGUCCAGUAAUAACGAGGGAACCAAAGCCAUAGGACUCAACCCAGCGACACUCAGGAUAGCAGGGGUCGCUCACACAGCCAUAGCACCCCACUCCAUGUGGACACAACACUCCCAGCGAAAUCCACUGGACAGACAGUGGAGAGGGAAACUGGUUAAUUGACCAAGGGGAAUUUUGUGGUCAGUCUGAUUGUGACUGACAAACAGACGUGUCUGUGUCCGAAAUGACACUGUAUUUCCUAUAUAGUGCAUAAGGCUCUAGCCAAAAGUAGUGCACUGUAUAGGGAGGGAAUUGUGUGCAAUUUCAGAAUCUGCCAACUGACUAUGGGUGUGUCUCAAAUGCUGCUCUAUUCAACAUAUAUUGCACUAGUUUUGGCCCCAGUUUCUCAGACCUUAUUUCUGAAUUAAAAGCACUUUCAUUAGAGAUUGUUCAUUAAGCAUGCUUUUUUAGUCCAGGAUUAGACUUGAUCUGGGUCUAAGAAACUGGCCUAUGAGGUUUUAAAGGUUGGCUACAUACUCUAGGGCUUUGGUCAAGACUAGUGCACUAUUUUGGGAAUAGGGUAUCCUUUGAGACAUUACCAGUGUGUACAUAAUUAACUGUUGAAUAGCAUUACUGAGGGAGUAUAAUUAUGAGAAUUGUAAUAUUAAAUUAACCUAAUGUCGUGUCUGAAUGUGUGUGCAUGAGUGUAGGACAGGAGUCGGUCACCCCAAAAAACGUCCCGCAAUCAGUUUUGUCAAAAAAUACUAAAAUCACCAGGAAUCCUGCAAAAAUAUUGUGUAAUUUGGAAAAUCUGUUCCCAGAUAUUCUGACAAAUGAAAAGAGAUGUUAUCGUGUCAAUCUAAUCAAGGUAUGACAUUAUUUUCAAAUUCAAUCUCUUUGAGCUUAGUUGUGGUUAAUUUGCAGUGUUCAUUAUUAUGUUCUGCCCCCCCGACCAUCUGCUCCAACAAAAAUCAUCCGGCAGCUGUAUCUAGUUGCCUAAACCUGGUGUAGGGGGUAUCAUACUGUAGUUGAGUAUGCUACUGACGAUUUAAAGAGAGAAUUUGGGACAGGGAGGGGGAAGAUGGGAAGUUUGGGGCUGUAUAGGUAUGUCAUGUUUUCAACAUUAAAAAAUAUUUUUUUUAA